GAGACAGAACCCGAUUGGCUCACAGCAGGACAUUGUCGACACAUCGAUAGCCGAUUGGUCGGACGGCUUGUCCAAACGCUCGAGACCCGCCCGUUUUCUCUCCUCAGUGAGGACGACGUUUUCCAUCCAGACCAGAGGGAAAAAAACAGCAGAAAGAGAGCAAACCACCAGACCAAGGUUUGGCUGGAAAAAAGGGAAACCCUCAGCUGCUAAACCGGGAUACAAAUACAUAUUCCAGGCGGAGACGACAGCAGUCUACAACGGUGCUUCCUAUACGGCUGAUCAGUGACUGGAGAGGAUGAUCCUUCCCUGAAUCUCCCUGCUCACAACCCCCCUUUCCCUUUAUCCUCCCCACUGUCUUUGUCCACAACACCGCCUCCAUCAUGAACCACACCCCCAGCCCCCACCUGUCCGAGGGCGGUAAAUCCGUCGGAAGUGGCCUACUGUGCAGCCUGGGUCUGGGGUCCGACAGGGGCAUCCGCUCCCCGGACAGCCUCACUCACUCCCCCAGCCCCACCGGAGGAACCCCUAGCUCCAGCCCCCCUCUGCUGCUGUCGCCCGGACUAGGUGGCUUUGGGCUGGUAUCCCUGGGGGCCAUGGGCGAGAUAGCCGGGGCCGACUGGGAGAGCAGGGAGGAGCUCAGGCUCAGGGAGCUGGAGGAGGCUCGGGCCAGAGCGGCCCAGAUGGAGAAGACCAUGAGGUGGUGGUCAGACUGCACCGCCAACUGGAGAGAGAAGUGGAGCAAGGUUCGUGCAGAGCGUAACCGUGCACGUGAUGAGGUCCGUCAGCUGAGGCAGAGGCUGGACACCCUAACCAAGGAGCUGACCAGUGUUCGGCGAGAGCGGCAGGAACUGGCCUCCGAGAAUGAGACACUACGGCAGGAGACGCUGCGCCUCCGAGACGACCACACUCCUGACAACCAAACUCCUGACGCUCCUCCUCCAUCUGCCACUUCUCCAUCUUCCUCCCCUGCACACCCUUGUGGUACUUCCUCCUCCUCCUCUCCAUCUAUACCUCCCUCCUCCGCUGCCUCCUCCUCAUCCUCCUCUCAGGUCCACACUGACGACAAGCCGGACAGGGUGGGGGAGGGACCACCAGGGUCUCCAGAGCCAGAACCAGUGAGGGAUGUCGACUUGGAAAGACAAAAGAUGGGUCUAGAAAAGGAUUUGGAGGUGCUGGAUUCAGUCCUGCGGUCCCGGGCCCCAGACAGUGACCCUCAGGAGGCCUGGGAAAGUCGCGGCGGUGUUAACCCAUCCACUUCACGCUCAUCCUCCGCUCUGAGCCGGCAGGAACGCAGCAGGCAGCUGUGGGAGGAUAUUAGCACGGUGGAGGAUGACUCCAGCAAACUCAACGCCCUGCAGCUUCGACUGGACGAGUCCCAGAAAGUCCUGUUGAAAGAGAGAGAUGACAAGCUUGCACUGAGUAAGAGCAUUGAAAGGCUGGAGGCUGAACUCACUCAGUGGAAAUGUAAAUAUGAGGAGCUCAGCAAGACCAAACAGGAGACCCUCAAACAGCUCAACCUGGUGAAGGAAAUGCACCAGGAUGAACUCGGCCGCAUAUCGGAAGACUUGGAGGACGAACUGGGAGCCCGAACCAGUAUGGACAAGAAGCUAGCUGAGCUACGAGCUGAGAUGGAGAGGCUGCAGGUGGAGAAUGCUGCAGAAUGGGGACGCAGGGAGCGCUUGGAGACGGACAAACUUGCCCUGGAGAGGGACAACAAGAAGCUGAGAGCUCAGGCUGAAGACCUGGAGGAGCAACUGGCAAAGAAACGUCGGCAGGCUGCCUCUGCACUCGACACCGACCUCAAGGCCAUCCAGAGCGAGCUGUUCGAGAGAAACAAGGAGCUCGCUGACUUUCGCCAUGUUCAUGCGAAGUUGAAGAAGCAGUUCCAGGAGAAGACAGUAGAGCUCGCCCACGCCAACCGGAGGGUGGAGAGCCACGAGGCAGAAGUCAAGAAGCUACGACUGAGGGUGGAGGAGCUUAAGAAAGAAUUAGGACAGGCAGAGGAUGAGUUGGAUGAGUCCCAUAACCAGACGAGGAAACUGCAGAGAUCUCUGGAUGAGCAGGUGGAGCAGACUGAGAACCUGCAGGUACAAUUGGAACACUUGCAAUCAAGACUGCGGCGGCAGCAGCAGAAUCCUGGUCUGUUUGGGAAGAUACGAUCGACUCGAUUCAGUCCUGAAAACCCAGACGGUCCGGCCAGCGACAUGGACGAGGAGGAGGAGGAGCUGCAGCUCCAGAUCCCAUGACACACAAACAUAUAAUCAUACAGGAUAUACUUUUCCACAAACAUCAGCAGUCACAGGAAGAAGAAACAUUUUGCAACAGGAAGCAGCUGUCUCCUGCUCAACCAGCAAGUUCUUAAAGCACCACUCCAACAUUAUGGGAGAUAUUUUACCAGAGUCAGAGCAAAAGGUCAAGAUCAUUUGUAUCUCUCUGCAUCCACACAUCCUUGUUGCUGCUCAUGUUAAUGAUCAAUAAUCCUAUUAUAAUAAAAAACAAAAGAACAAAGCGAGCUUUGUAUAACAAGGAGACUUAGAGAAACCACACAAUUGUUCAUCUGGAGUUUAAACAUGACAAUUUCCACCCAGCAGAAAUAUGAUUAGCACACAUCUAAUCCUUAUGCAGAACACACACACAUUCUCAUACACACUAAGACACACACACAUGCUGUGACAUACUUGCAUUUUCAGACACACAGCGACGACAUGACACACAGCAGGCGUGUGACGGGCUUUAGCAGGCUGUCCAGACAGCGUAAUGCUGCAUGAAAGGAUCUUUCUUCAACUUUCACGUAUCAUCCUUUCAACGUCUUCACUCAUUCUUACCUCAUAUCAGCACAAGCAUUACACCUGUCCCAUCUGAGCGGUGCUGCUGUACUCAAACACUCCUCAACCCCACAUCUAUAUCACCAGAAUUAAGACUUUUCUCAGCUGUGAAGAAACGCCUGAAAGUGUUGAUAUAUUACAAGAGACUAUCAGUCAUUUUACCUGCAAUUGCUCCCAAAUAUUGAAGAUUCACAGUCUAUUUCCCAUGUAUUUACAUGGCACAACCAAUGCUGGGAGCCCACUACGCCACCUUUAGAACUCAUUAUAGCUGCAAGUUGAAUUACACAUUAUGUGUGUAGCAGGAGCUUCCGGCUUUACUCAAACUAGUUCUGUUACUCUCUGUAUGGAUCUGCUUAGCCUGAACGUGAUGGUGUGCAUUGUAACAUGGAGGGAAACGGAUGUACUGUUAAAACAAAAGCUGUAUUUCCAUCACAACCUGCAGUGUUGCAAUGUUCCCAGCAUGACUGGAGCUGCUCCUCGACAAUAAUGAAAUGUAACAGUACAUUUUAGACAAUAUGUACAUAAACAUGAGAGAAUGUCCAUCAUCAGCAGAGAUUGUGGGAUGUAAUGGGUAAGUUGUAAAUGAUCUUCUUUAUUGCUUAUGUGCAGGGGGAUAUGCACCAGUGGAUGUCCACUAAAGGCCCGCUCACAUCAGCAUUUCAAACCGCUUCAUCACAUGACAAUGUCUAUUUAUUCCAAUGGAAUCUGACAUGGUGAACUUUGACCAAUAGCAAAGUGUCUCAGUGAUGACCUUGAAGGAACAUAGAGCCAGACAGUGACCAUCCGCUCUCCUCUGUCUAAGUAUAACCUGCUCCACUGAAGUGGAAGGAGACCAGAAUUAAUGUUAAUACACUGUGUUACCUUCUUGGUAUUACCCAAAGCAAGCACACUAAGGAGCUCACAGUUACAAACCUUACUUUCCCCCUCUUCAAUAACUCUCUCUCUUGAAUAGAAACACACUUGACGGGGGAGGGGGGGGUAAACAGCACAGUAGAGAGAAAAUAUGAAGAAGAUCAGAGAGGUAAUAUGAUUGGCUAGCACUAGCAUGUUCCCAGCUGGAUAGCGUUUUAGUGGUUAGCUCGCAACUUACAGUUGUUCCCCACCUAACCCUGCACGCAGUCUCUGUCUUCAAGCCGAUUAAAGAGAUUGAUGUCACGUCUCUCUCCGGUGUGAACUCUGAAACAUCUUAUUCUGAAGCUGGAAGUCAGUGGUUGUGCUUUGAGAAGAACAGAUUUAAGGCGUAAUAUUAUUCCUUGAUGCAUUCAAGGUUAAAGGUUUAGGUUUUGUUCAGGUUGGAUUUCUUUGAAUAGGUUCCAGUCUGUAUAGUAUGUUCUAGCUACACUCGCAGUCCGAUACUGUAGAAACAGAAGCUUCUUUUCCACAGUAUUCAGAACUACAGUAUACCUUCCACACAGAAAAGGCUAUAAAUACAUUCACAGUUCUGCUGUUCUGUUCUGAGUGUGUUGCUGCAGGUAAGAUUGUUAUGCUGUGUUUAUGCUGAGGUUCAGUAUUUUAAAAUAUUGUCAUUUUCCUGGGGAGAAAUCCCACAAAUCCCAAGUAUUUAUAUCCUGUGAUUCCCUUAGGACUGUAUUCAGUUGUGGUGGAAACACCUCAUUUAGACAUCAUGGGAUAAUGAAACACUCAGUGAAACCCAGUAAAGCUCCUGCAGGCUUAAUACUCAGGGGCUCCUUUAAGACGGCCCAUGUAUUCAACAGUGGGGGGAGUGUUGGAUACGCUGGGUGUUGGACUGAAGAGAUAAUUUAUUUGUACAAAACUUUGCUUGGCCAAAUCUCCCGCCUGUGGAAGAGCUCCAGUCUAGCAGUGGACAGAUGCUGUUGUGAAAGCAAUAAAACAUUCAUUUAUCUUCCACCACCAUCCAGUCACUCUCUGCCUCGGCCUCAGUGCUCACGCUGGAAGGGGACCAAGAUAUUUUUACUGAUCAGGAUUCUGAACUAUUUAUGUUGUCGUUGUUAUGGUUUAGUUUUUAUAAAUGAUCUGUACCACAGUGGUUUUGUAUUAGCUCUAUAAAUGUCAACUGUACAUAU